GACGAGAAAGGAAAGACAAAAUCAUUUGAGGAGAAAUAAAUUUUUGGAAAAAGAAAUGUCGAAGGAGCAAAGUGCGAAACCAAUGUCGGCUUCACGACCUGGUGGGGAGUGUUUGAACGGCGACGGCGCCGCAGGACGCCUGCCCAUCAGCGGAUCCGCAGGAGCUUUGGUCAUGAAAAGCGUAUCACUCUUUCUGGCGCGUGGUCGCAAGACUUCUGUUUCGUCGAGGAGACAACAAUCGACCUCCGUCGAGCAGAAGCAGGAACUCGAAAAGAAACGAAAACGAAGAGCGAGAGUCGAUCCCAAAAUGAAGAGUGCCGCUUAUUAUGCAAAGAUCAUCGAAUUGUUGAAGAAAAAAACUAAAUUCUCCAAAGUUGAACUGGAGUCACUUUGCAAAAUUUAUAGUAAACUGACACAUGUUACGAAGCACCAUAGAGAGAUAAGUGGAAAAUCUUCACCGUCAGCUACUGAGGGCAUUGAUAGGACAAUAUUUCGUGAACUACUUCACAAUACCUUCAAUAUAAUCACAGAAGACACAUUAAUUGAGCGAAUGUUUGUGUGUUGGGACAAGGAGAGUGAAGGUGUUAUUAAACUCCAACCCUGGAUUUUGGGCCUCGAUUUAUUUUUACGAGGAACUGAGAGAGAAAAAAUGGGGUUUUGCUUUAAAGUCUACGAUUUAAAUAGCGACGGUUUUAUCACAAAGGACGAAAUUUUUCAACUUUUCAAGAAUUGUUUAAUUAAGCAACCAGGCGAGGAAGAUCCAGAUGAAGGAGUACGAGAUUUAUCUGAAUUGGCCUUAAAGAAAUUAGACGUGGACCACGAUGGAAAAAUAUCUUUUGAAGAUUAUGAAAUGACAGUAAAAGACGAACCAUUAUUAUUAGAAGCUUUCGGUCAAUGUUUGCCAUCCUCUGAAAGCAUUGUUGCUUUUUUAAUAACUCUUAGACCUUGAAUUAUAACUGGAAAAACGAAAUAGGAAAUUGCAUUAGGUAAUUUUUUCAUUUAUUAAUUAUUUAAUACUUAGAAAA